AUGGGUGGAACCAGAGCCUAACUCAAUGGGCAUAAUUGCUUUGUGACCACAUCAUGGCCUUGGUCAGCUCAGCCAGUGAGUGUCUCAGCGGCUGCUAGCUGCGAUGUAUCCUGUUUCUGGUGUCGUAAUAUAUCUAUAUCAACAGAAAACACAAGGCUCGGAAGAUGAGCUGCUUGGUGCUGCUGCUGUUUGUGGCUACCGCCUCAACAUUCUAUGUAUCAGGAUUCGAUCCUGAUCUAGAAAUGGAUCAGAUUCCAGACGAGGAGGCAAGAGCGAGAGAAUAUCUCGAUUACCUGGACGAGGAGUUCAGCAAAUGGGCCACGAAGUCAUCACUAGCGGAGUGGGCCUACGCUUCCAACAUAACAGAGGAGAAUCUUGCGAAGAAGCUUGCAGUUUCUGCAGAGGCCGCUAAGUUCUCCAAGCAGCAGUGGCUGGAGACGAUCAAGUACCCCUGGACCACGUACAAGGACCCUGAUCUCCGCCGCCAGUUCCAGAAGCACUCCGUGUUGGGUUACGCGGCGCUGGACGCCGACAAGCACGAGAAGCUAGAGCAGUUGGUUUCUGACAUGUCCUCCAUAUACAGCAAGGCCAAGAUCUGUGACUACAAGAACCCCAACAAAUGCGACCUCAGUUUGGAACCAGAACUGGUGGAGAUCCUGAGGACAAGCAGAGACCCUGACGAGCUGAAGCACGUAUGGGUGGAAUGGAGGAAAAUGUCCGGUGAGAAAUGUCGAGGGAUGUUCGAACACUACGUGGCUCUGAGCAAUGAAGCCGCCACACUCAACAACUUCACAGACAACGCCGAAUACUGGCUGAAGGACUACGAGUCCCCUGACUUCCGGGACCAAGUAGCACGCCUGUGGGACCAGGUGCGGCCUCUAUACCUGCAGCUACACGCUUACGUCAGGAGGAAACUGAGGGAAACUUACGGCGAGAAACUCGUCACGGCCCGUGGGCCCAUACCGGCACAUCUUCUCGGUAACAUGUGGUCUCAGACUUGGAACAACAUUCUGGACAUCUCCACACCCUACCCUGACAAGGAAGCUGUAGAUGUCACUCCUCAGAUGAAAAAGCAGGGAUACACCCCGGUCAAAAUGUUCAGACUGGCCGAGGAAUUCUUCACGUCACUGAACCUGAGCGCGAUGCCACAGAGCUUCUGGGAGCGCUCCAUCCUGCAGAAGCCAGAGGGCAGAGAACUCAUCUGUCACGCCUCCGCCUGGGACUUCUACGACGGCAAGGACUUCAGGAUCAAACAGUGCACUAGGACCGAUAUGAGCCACCUGUUCACGGCUCACCAUGAGAUGGGCCACGUGCAGUACUUCAUCCAGUACAGAGAACGGCCUCUAGUCUACAAGGAGGGAGCAAAUCCAGGCUUUCACGAGGCAGUUGGGGACGUAAUGUCUCUAUCCGUCUCGACGCCCAAACACCUGCGAGAGAUCGGUCUGUUGGAAGACGACGCGUCGGCAGGUGAAGACUACGAGGCAACCAUCAACUAUCUAUACCUACAGGGACUGCAGAAAAUCGUGUUCCUCCCGUAUGCUUAUCUGACCGACUUGUGGAGAUGGGACGUCUUCAAGGGCAAGAUUACAAGCGAAAACUACAACUGUGAAUGGUGGAGACUCAGAGAGAAAUAUCAAGGAAUUGAGCCUCCUGUGGAUAGGACAGAAGAAGAUUUUGACCCCGGAGCAAAGUACCACAUCAUUGCUAGCGUCCCGUACAUAAGGUACUUCGUGAGCUUCGUGAUACAGUUCCAGUUCCACAGGGCUCUGUGCGAGAAGGCGGGACAAUUUGACCCCAACGACCCGAAGAAACCUCUCCAUGAGUGCGACAUCUACCGAAGCACCGAGGCCGGAAACCUUCUGGGGAAGAUGCUGCAGAUGGGAUCCUCGAGGCCUUGGCCUGACGCGAUGGAAGUGCUGACAGGACAGCGCGACAUGGAUGCCACGGGACUGCUAGACUACUUCAGUCCCCUCGCGGACUGGCUGGAGAGGGACAACAGAGAGUCUGGAGAAGACAUCGGCUGGGAGCCCACAGAGAAACGUUGCGUGCAGACCCAGGAGGAACUGGGCUUUGAGGAAAGCGAUGACGACAGGAGAACUGAGAUGCAGACAGACGAGCCACGUAGUGAGGAAGUAUAACGUUAAUGCAAGAAACCCUAGAAUAGCAUCUGUUUUGAAUGUAUUCACUGUCGCCUAGUGAGGAACUCACACUAAAUUCAAUCUUUUUUUUUUUCUAAAUGCUCAAUUUUGUCAAGUUGUUAUAUAACGCGACUCUUGUACAUGUUUUAGCCUAUUUGGCCAUCAGGAGAUGCAAUAAACAUAUUACAGAAAUUGCUGCAUUCUUGGUCGUAA